UGUGUGACUCGGCGUAAAAGUUGUAGGCAAGCGGCUCGCGGGCAAAUAGUGAAAUUUUACUUGCACCGCUCCGCCGAGAAAUACAAGUAUACAACAACGCCGCCGCCGCCGCAUGUUUUUUAUAGUACCGGCGAAGAGAGUCUCGGCGGGGUCGGCACUCGGCAUGUUCUUCUCGUGCGGUGUGCAGUACGUGUAUCAGUCGCAAUAUCGUCGUCGGUCUGCGAGCAGUACGUGCUGCAGAUAGUGCAAUAUCGUAAUACACAACUUGUACUUUAUAGAUUUCCACGGGAGCAUCUUGCAGCUAUACAGGCAACGACGACGACGAAGAGGAUAUUUGUUCUUCAUAAAACAUAUUACGCUUCAACAUUUCGAAGCUCGUGAGAAAAUCUAAUAAUGUGGUGGCCCCGGCCACGGUGGAAGAGUGACAAUUUCACGCGUUUUGUACUACUGUUAUUAUUCAUCAUUACAACCACGACUUCAAAAAACACAGUGAUGGCAGACGAAGGGCAGCAGCAUUGCGGCUCGGGUAACAUAUCCGCCGUGGUAUGGACGACUGUCUUUUGUACGAUGCUGUUGGUUGUGGCAAUUGUUGCGAUAUAUUUUGUUUACUGUAAGAGAAGAGAACACGACUGGUCAUCGUUAUGGUGGAAAAGCAAUUCAGACAAAAAUAUCGUACUACAAACAUCGGCUCCUAUGAAAAACCAAAAAUUGAAGAAUGGUGGCACUGAUAAUCCAGCAUUUUCAGCAGAUACUUAUAUUGGUGACUGUGUUGCAAAAACAGGAUUGACUAGGGUCGUGCGCGUGUCAUCGUCGUCUAUCGGCGAAGGGUUGCUGGGAAACGAAUUGUCAUUAAAAGAAGAAGACGGCAGACAAAUCUAUAUGUGCAAACACAUUGAUGGAUCAAAAGAUCAGUUGGUUGCGUUGCGGUUUGUGUUUGAUAAAGGGCAACAACAACAACUAAGCAGACCGCCAGCAUCGGAUCUAAGUCGCUCGCUGGUCGAGCUGAGUCGCAAGUACGGGUUCCAUGUUGAACUGGAAACCGAGGGAGAAGCUGUCGUAGGGACGCCGGAAAAAUGCGAUGAUCCUUCAGCAAAAUGUACGAAGUCCAACAUUUUAUCGGCUGUCCGCGGACAAGCGCAACGUCUGUGGCACCAGAGACAGCUCGUAUUCAAAGGGGGUGACAGUAGCGGCCGCGUGGACGUGGACAAAGAGAUCAUAGAAGGUGAUGUGGAAAGCGGCCGCGUUGAAGCAGUCCACGUGGGUGCAGCCCCACCGACCCAGAAAUCUCCAUCUUCUGUGAUGACGGUAAACGAAACCGGGGCCGCCGAACGGCCGCCACGAAACCUUGGAGGAUCGUUACGGUACCGCACUCUGGAGUACGGUGCAUCGCCCGCGGAUGCUGAAGCGCAAUCGUCACCAGACAGUGGAGUUCAGUGUUGUACAGUCAAUCCGUCGGAGCCUGUCCCGGGGAAGACGGAUAAAGACCCGGCCGCCGCAGUGACAGUGACAAUCGAUAGAGAUGUGGUAGUGGCGGUGGCGGAUAAAGAUGUAGUAGCCGUGACAUCAGUGAAAGAUGUGGCAGUGAUGGUGGACAAAGGCGAAGCAGUCAAAGCGGAUAAAGUUGAAACAGUCAAAGCGGACAAAGAUGAAGCAAUCGUGGUGCUAGACAAAAACGCUGCAGCCGUGUUGAAAACGGUCGACGACGGGAGGAAAUCGGUGGUGAUGGCUAAACCGAAAAAUGACGAAUCCAAACACGCCAACCCACCACCACCGCCUCCGCCACGUAAAUACAGCGCGGCGGUAGUGCCACCGACUGUCCCAGGGACUGCGGUCGUACCGUCGAAUGUUCCAGCAACUGCAGCCGUACUGCCGACUGUUCCAGCGACUACGAUCGUACCGCCAACUGUUCCAGUGACUGUGGUCGUACCGCCGACUGUUCCAGCGACUAUGGUAGUGCCGCCUACUGUUUCAGCUACUGUGGUAGUGCCACCGACGGUUCCAGCGACUGUGGUAGUGACGCCAACUGUUCCAGCGACUGCGGUUACUGUACCACGGGCUACAGGUGCUGUAGAAACCUGCAACGCGUCCGUGGCCAAAGUCGACAACGCUACUAUUCCACCGGAGUCCUGCAUUGCACCGGUUCCGAUUGCUUGUGCCGAGCUGACCUGCAAGGCGCCCGCCACGGCAAUAAACGAAAUCCGAGUGGACGAUGACUAUUACUGGUGCACCACGACCGCCAUGGCCCCGCCAAUGUCCACCUUCGGGAAACGACCGUCUGUGACGCCAAGUGUUGAAAGCGGCAGCGGGGGUGGUACAGCGGACACCACUACUGGUGACAGAGCUGCAGCCAUCCAAGGCGUGUACGACAAAGGCACUGCGGUAGCCCCACUCAUGGUGGACGACAGUCGAGACGUGGUUGCUGGCGGCACGACCAGUAUCGAGGACGCAUCGUUGCCGUCAUUUUCGUCCGAUGAAGAAGAGGACGACGAAGACAACUGCAGCAACGGUGUGGUGUUGGCCACCGACAAGUCCAAGUUCUCGCUGUGCAGCUCCAUCGGUACUUCAGCGGACGGUGUCGGAGGAGUGUCCGGCGGAUCCGACGCAAUAAAGAUCAACUGCAAUGGCGAAUCACCCAAAAACAACAACAACAACGACGACGACGAAGUCGACGGCUCAGGUGUAGCACCGCCCGCCUUGGCGGAGCCGAAGUCGCCCACAAAACUGCCGUCCCUACGGCUGUCGCUGUCUUCCCCACUGUCGUCUACAGCCAAUACAUCGUGCUAUUCGUCGUCAGCAUCGUCGACCUCUUCGACCUCACCUUCGCCAACGAACAGCACUAUCAACAAUUCGCCAAUCGUGUCGAAAAUACCGGUACGACGGCAGUCCGCCGGCAGCGGAGUAGUGGCUGUUUCCUCUCCGCUCACAAACGGCACCGUCAAGAAAUCCAUUCCGUUACCGCUGUCGAGGAGCGGUUCCCGGUUAGCUAUGUGGACUUCGGCCAACUGACCAAUUUCAUUGCACGAAACAAAAACUGCAGUUAAUACGACCUGCAAUAUUUUAUAUUACAUGCGCAUUUUCCACCAAUAUUAAUUUUUAAAUAAAUAUUAUAUAAUAUAUUAUAAUACUAAAUGUGUGAAAUUACUGAAAUUAAAAUAAAAUAUAGCUGCAUAUUUUAUUUUAUUUUUUCAUAUUACUUUAUUAUUUAUUUUAAAUACUACCUAUAUUUGUAUAAUAUAAUAACUAUUACUCUGCGAAAUAUAUCUAUAUAUUAUUAUUUUUA